GCCCCGGAGUACGGACCUGUCCGACUAAGCCUUGCGUUCUAUCGCGACCCAUUCCGCCCGCCUUUCGCGCCGCGACACUUCCACGCUCGAGUCACAUACUUUCGGCAAACCACAUUUCUGAAUAACUGACUUAUUAAUAUCUACACUUCUGUUCACUUAUUUGCAACUGCGAAGCCGAUCCUCGAAUGGCAUCAGUGUAUUAAAUAAAUUAAAACACUUUUGGCGAGUGUUGAGCCCUUUUCGUAUGAUGGAGUAUUUGUCUACCUAUAAUUGUGGAAGAUAAAACCUCGCAACAGGUAAUACCACCAUAGCCUACUUCCCACAAAACUACCUCUUAACUAAGAAGAAAACCACGCAAUUAGAAUAAUAUGUAAAUCAUCCUUCAAUCGAUAAGCCGUGAAUUGUGUGAACUACUCGUAACUUCAGCAAAACAAGACAAUGGGGAAGAAGAACUCAAAACUAAAGCAAGAUACAAUUGAUCGGCUCACGAACGCCACUUAUUUUACUGAGAAGGAGAUAAGGCUUUGGCACAAGGGAUUUCUCAAGGACUGCCCGAACGGACUUCUUACAGAGCAGGGGUUCAUAAAGAUCUACAAGCAGUUCUUUCCUCAGGGUGACCCCAGUAAAUUUGCAUCGCUCGUGUUUCGGGUCUUUGACGAAAACAAUGAUGGCUCGAUAGAGUUUGAGGAGUUUAUACGAGCGCUAUCUGUAACAUCGAGAGGCAAUCUCGACGAAAAAUUGCACUGGGCUUUUCGUCUCUAUGACGUGGACAACGACGGAUAUAUCACGCGUGAUGAGAUGUACAACAUAGUUGACGCUAUAUAUCAGAUGGUGGGUCAGACGCCACAGCCCGAAGACGAGAACACACCACAAAAACGUGUCGACAAGAUAUUUGACCAGAUGGACAAGAAUCAUGAUGACCGGCUGACACUGGAAGAGUUCCGUGAGGGCAGUAAGGCAGACCCCCGCAUUGUUCAAGCUCUGUCACUUGGGGGCGAUUAAUCGAUGGUCAUUCUCUCGCCGGAUUUCACAUUUACUUAAAAAGAUAAAGCGAUUUGCGCCCGUUGCGUGACUACUCGUGCCACUUCACUAGAUAAGUUACUGUACACAUAUACUGUAUUACAAAUUAAUUAUUGCACUUUCAAAUUAUAUUCAGAAGGCACAGUAGACACGAGACGCUUUCUAUUAAGUAUUUGUCAAUAUAAAUCUGAGAGAGGUAUAAUUUAAUGGUUAUAAAACAUACUUUAAGGGAUGUCCUACAUAAGUGACGUAGCGCAACGGGAUCCUACGUCCCGUCGUUAUAACGUUUAUUUCAUCUAAUAACAAUAUAUAUUUGUAUGGUAAGUGUAUCUGCAAAAAAUUAUAAUGACUCUCAUAAAUUAACUAUGAAGGUUUAUUACAUACAAAUACGUAGAUUUCAAGUACCUAGGAAGUCCCGAAAAUAUACGGUGUAUUGAUGUUUGCGUAAAAGUUUCUCAAACAACUACACGAGAUACAUGCUGAAUUAUGUUUUGUUAAUGUUGUAAUGCCAAAAAUUAAGGUUGCAGUAAAAAGGGCGCACAAUUAGAUCGCACCCUUGAGCCAAGCCUACCAGAUGGACGUCUUGUAUACCAAACUUUGGAUCCUGUCAGGCUUAUUGCCUAUGUAGGAUAUCCCAUAUAUUAAGUACUAGUAUCUAAGUAAACGUUUUACAAAAAAUAAACUUUCACGUUAGAUCAACGGUACUUUGUAGUCCACUCGAUAGGUCACACGAGAUGUACAGUAUAAUACAAAUAUUGAAAUCAAUAUUUUAAGGCAUUACAAGAGGUCCAUUUUGCAUCUUAUAAAAAGAAUAUAACAACUGUUUGUUUACCAUUAAAUGAGUCUUUAAACCACAAAGCUUGCGGUUGUCUUAUUUUAGCUGUUAUAACGUCAUAAUUGUAUAUGGAAAAAUUUAAAUCGCCUAUCUUGUGGACUAUUUGUGGCUAGACUUUGAAACUAUACAACCAGAAAACGAUUCAAAUAGUGUUCAAUAAAUGUCGAAAUUAAUUAACGUGUCGGUAAUUGAGUUUCGAUAUGGCACUAUUAGAAAAUCUUUUCAAUGUUUGAAAGAUUGAAAAGAUUCAUAUAACAACGUAGUUUAACCCAUAGCCUUACAAAGAGGCACGUAUUCUAAUUAAUAAUUAAAUGUCUGUAAGUAGUGUUAUUGUAGUGAUUAUAAUAAUUUUCAAUAUUCGUAAUUGAAUUUAAUGUUGAUAAGCAAAUAUAUUUUGUACCUACUCAAGAAACAUUAAAUAUUAAUUAGAUGUUAUAUUCACUGCAGAUUCUCAGUAAAAUGUUUCUUGUUAUCAAAUUUACUACUUCUUAAAUUACGAAUUAUAAUUCAAUAAUUUUUGGAAAGAAAAACUUCAGUCAUCUGUAAUAUUGUUUAAGCAAUUGUCAUUCGCAUGGUCCUCUGUAUAAUGUAGCAAUCGUAAAGGAAUACGAUAAGUAUAUUUGAUUUGAAAUAAAUAAAUCCAGCGAGAGAAACGAAUUCAGUUGUAGAAUUAAAAUCUACUUAAGAAAAUACCCUUAAUCCAUGAAAACAUCCUCAUUUUAACAAUUUCCUGGUCCUGUUCUGCAGAAUAAUCUAUUACUUACUAAUGUUAAAGUUAUUAUCAAUAUGCGUAGUUACACACUUACAACUCUUUCCAUUUUUCAAGAUUAUAAAGGACUUUAUUAUAAACAUAUUUUUUCACUAAUCAGUUAUGUUACCUUCUAUAAUUUGGAUACAAAAUUGAAAACACUCUGUAUAAAACAUAAAUGUAUAAAACUAACUAUUUAUUUUAUAAUUGAUAAUUCUUAAAAAGCCUUGUUGUAAUGCUGCAAUAAUUUUAAUAUUAGAUCAACCUGUUAAUUGUGUCAAUUUUAUCAUAAGCUCUCGUAUUAUGGGUGAAAAUUUUAAUGUCUUUAAAUAAAAUGAAUAAAGAAAUGGUUAACAUCUAAAUGAAAGGUAAAAGUAAUUAUCGAAUAUUUUAGUAUAUGAACGGUUAAUGACUUGAAUAUUUUUCAUAUUGAUCGGAGUGAUAUUAUCAUUUCGAUUUUCGCUUAUGUUAGAAACAUUUUCUUUAUGUCAGGGUUUUACAAGACCAUAUUAAGUUAACUAGCUAUCGAGGAAUUAGACCAAACGAUUGCAGUUAAAAGUUUUGAGAGAAAGAAAACAAAUUUGGUUAAAUUACGUGUUUGCACGUCGCAUAAUGCAGGCUGUGUAAAUGUUUUUUUCUAUAUUUUUUCUUUCUUUCGUAUCUAAUUAUAAACUUAUAAACAUAAGCAGUAGUUGACGUAUUUGGAGACUAAAGUUUGGCAAGGUUGUAUAUUUUUGCGGUGUAUGGACAAAAAUAAAUCAAAUUAAUCUGAUGCUACCUAUACCUAUACCAGGUAUAGGUAUAGGUAAUGAAACCUAGUUAGGUACCAUAUAAGUUAAUUCAGUUUCAUUUUGUUGACACAGAUGAGUUCAACAAUUUGUAUUUCUUUUAUGGAUAAAUUACUAGAGUAGGAAUAUUUCGGCUGUGGGCUUAUGCAUAGAAUUAAGUAAUGGUUUGCUAAGAGCGGGAAAGCUGUUUGUUAUAUUAGAUUUCAAUAGUGUUAGUAGAUGCCUAUGUAUAGCACAGGUUGUGCUUUUUUGUGGUUGAGGAAACUCUUAAUAGUACAUAGGACAAAUAUACAUUUUUUGCACAUUUUAAUAUUGGCUUUGGUAAAAAUAUAAUAUACUUACUCUUAGAUUUUCCCGACUUCUAAAUGGUUGAUGUGUUGAAACUUUUAAAAUCAAAUUAUUAAGUGACUUAUAUUUAUAUACAUUUAGGUACCCAUACCGAGCUAUAAAAAUCGGCACCGCUUCACUCCAUUAUAUUAUGGUGUUUUAUGGGUAUCACUAGGUUGCUUUUGAGAAGCUUUUCCCAACUAUAUACAAUUUCAAUAUUUUGACUCUUUGACGAGUAUAGACAUAUUUAUUAUUUACAUCCUUUAAUUCCUUUAUAACUAUAUCAGACUUAUAUUUUAUACACACAAUCUUUAGAACGAAUAAUACACACCAAACGACAAACGAGAACCGUAGCUCCAUCUGGUGAAAAUAUAUUGUAAACGGAAAUUCCUCCAACAGGCGCAAUAUUACUAGGCCUCACUUGCAGUAACAAUUUCUUUGAUGGAAUGGUAUAAUUAGCCAUUGAAUAUGAUGGAUGCGUCGCUACACUACCAAACUGUAGGUCACCCACUAUUGGCGUACUUAUAAAACAUAAUUCUCGUCAAAAGACAAUCGGUGUGAUAUUUGCUAAUGAUUCAUUCAUGGCAAUAUUGUUUGCCACAAAAUUUGAUUGGCCUUUUUUGUGAAAAUCUAGGGAGGAGGGUUAAAUCAAUGUCAGUGAAAGUAGAAAAUGCUAGCAAGCUCGUCAUAUUAUGCAUUUAAGGUAAAUAAGUAGAGUAAUUUACCUAUGUAAUAAAAUAAGAACUAAUGGAAAAAAAAUUUGGACAAGAAAUUGGCUAAAUAAAUGCAUUGUUUAACAACUAUAAAUAACUAAAUCGAUAGCUGAUCGAUUACCUGAGUAGAUGAUUUUAUUUUAUUAUUUAUAUAAAAUGAAUGAACUUAUUUCUAAAUGUGUGCUUAAAAUUAGCAAAUGGUGUUCAGUUUCCAGCACUGGAUCAGCCGUCUAAACUAUUUCAAUGUCGCUGGAAUAGGUGAAUUUGACUGAAAAAGUGGCCCGUGAAUCCAGUUACUGGAUUUUUCUUUGGAACGGGUGUCCAGUUGAAGAUUGUAUUGUUUUAGUCAGUGUUUUAGUAUUUCGGUGCUGGAAUGAUGGCACACGGAUGCCUGAUUUGUUUCAACAUGUUCAUAUUAAAUACUUAAAUUAAUUGAAAAAUUCAAGAGACUCGCUUCACGAAAACAACGAUAUCUGUCGUUCUAUUUUACUUUAUAUAGUCAAUUCCUCACUACAAAACUGAAUAAUAAAUAAUACAUGAAAAAUUUAUUGAUAAUAUUACAUUGAGUCGAAUACGUAACCUUGAUAAGUUGUUAAACAAUUUUAAUUCGCUGGCUUACACAGUAGCUCUUUUUCUAAAUAUUGUGUAUUUUAUCCCUUUAAACGGUAACAUAAGUUAAAUUUCUUUAUAAUAAUUAUACCUACUAUAAAUCUAAUCUUAAGACUUAUGAAAUCAAUGCAAUCACAAAUGGUAAUAUCUUUGCUUAUUAUUCUGUUACUCGAUAAGUAUUCGAACAUAUAAUAAUUCUUGAAAUACACUGUUGAAAAAUUACAGUGCGUUAUGUCUUCGAGUGUAAAUAGAAUAAUUUGAUUGGCUAUUAUUGUUUGUAUUGAAUAGCCUACUUAAUAUAAUAUUCACUUUUAAUAUAAAUUCUUAUUAAUAAAUAUGUUAAAUGGA